UCUCACUUCUCCUCCCAACUUUAUUCACUCACCCUUCUACCCUAUAGCCUUCUCCUUCACAUCAUUGUCUCCUCUCUUCCCGUUCCUUGAGUAGGCUCUGAUCACUAAUUGUAGCAAUGUCCACAUCCAAAACCUUCGAUAAACCCUUGGAAGGAUAUGACACCCUUAACAUCCAUGCAGGCUUUGCUCUCCUUCAGAGAAACACGACCCCGCCUCAAACUGGUGAGAGGAGAGGCAGAAGAAAGCAAGCAGAACCAGGAAGGUUUCUUGGAGUUAGGAGGAGACCUUGGGGCAGAUAUGCUGCUGAGAUUAGAGACCCGACGACAAAAGAAAGGCACUGGCUUGGCACUUUUGAUACUGCCCAUGAAGCAGCUCUAGCUUAUGAUAGGGCUGCCCUUUCCAUGAAGGGCACCCAAGCAAGAACCAACUUCAAUUACUCUGAUAACACAACCCUUCACUCACUUCUUACUCCAUUUGACAUUCAAGCCUUCUUGCCACAAUCACAGUUCCUCACUAACACUCAGAUUAAACAGCCAACCAAUCAGAGCAGUCCUGUUAAGCUUGAAACUUGUCAGAAUAUGAUCCCAAACCAAUCAAGUAGCGAUACAUACGCUGAAUCUUCUGAUGGAUCAGCUCAUGAAACUAACAGUUUCUUUUUCUCGAAUGAAGAUUCUAACUCGGGUUACUUGGGCUGCAUUGUUCCUGAUAACUGCUUGAGGCCACCACCCUCAAGCCCCUCUAGUAAAACCACCAAAUCCAAUGCUUCAAAUGAUCAAUACUCUUGCUCCAUGGCCACAACUUCCCUUGAAGAUCAUUCCCAAUGUAACAAGUAUGCCCCUCCUCUCGAAAUCACAAAUGUGCCAACCAAGGCAUAUACUCCUGAUAACUUUCCUGGUUUUGAUGAGCUCAACCCUGGAUUUUGGGGGGACCAACUGUCAUGGGAUGGCAAUUCCGGUGACCUCUCAGCAAUGAUGAACAACCCAUUAAUGGUGGAAAAUGUAUGCAUGGAUACCUUGUAUAGCAUCGACAAUCCUCCUACUUAUGGCUUAACGCCCCAAGCUACGUCUUCAGUGUCUAGCUCUUCGUUAUCAUAUCCAGCUUAUGGCGAUGCAGUUAACUUUGGAUAUUCACUCUUUUGAGCACUGCUAAUUAAGCUGCAUGCACGUAUCAAGAAUUCUACAAGUCAUGAUAUCUGUGUUUUUCAUUACCUGCAAAUCCUUUUACUGUAAUUACCCUAAAUGUUUUCACAUUCGAGCAAGAAAGAGAUUUGGAAUGUCCAUCCUGUUCCUCUUAAUUACCACUUUUAAUCCAAUGUUGU